CGCAGGUGUCGCGUGACUUUCUGCAUUAAAACUGUCUACUACCUCGGAUAUCCCUUAUAAUUACAGUUGUUUUAUUGCGAUUGCGGUCCAUCCAAUGACCAAAUUAACUGAUCAACACUAAUUGAUAUUUUUUAAACAGUCAUACCACUAUUGUUUAUAUAUUACUUCCUCCAUGAGAAAGGAAUCAGCUAUUCUUCUAAUGCAUGAAACCUAUAGAAGAAUAUUAUUUUUUUCAUUGGCUAUUAUUAGGCCCGCUCUUCUAAGGGUCUGCUUAUAUGGAGAAAAUCAUCCCAUAUUCUAGCCUGUGACCCGAGAGGUGAGAUCCCGCCCUCCUAUGGGUGAGAUCCCAUUUAUCAGGCCCGCUCUUCUAAGAUAUCUCAGGGUGAGCCUCUGGGGGAAGGCCAUACCCCUUUCUUAAAGUAAUGAAAGAUUGUGAUUUUUAUAUGCCCUCGUCAAUGGAGGACAACGGUACACAAACAUAAGUGAGCGAGUAGAAAACAAUAUUGUUUCAUGUGGCUAGAGCACGCGGUCGACCUGUGUAUUUGUGGUUAAGCUGAAAUUCUUGGAUUGAUCCAAUGAUUCCAAAUUAAAUCAAAUGCUGUAUUGACUUUCAGAAUGAUACUUAAUUUGGUUUGAUAGGAAGGUGCUCGAGCCUUACCAAAAUACAUGAAAUGACACCGCAUUGUAUACUCAAAGGACUUUUGUGUACGGCAAUCUGGGACUAACAAGCAAAACACUUCCGUAAACAUCACUACUCAAUGAAACCGCAUCACAAAAUACAAAUUAUUUACCUAAAUUUCUUUCUUUUUUAAACGUAUCUCACGCCCACGUUACCAUCUGAGUCACAUUUUGGUAACUUUCAAACUUCUCAUGAUUAGGAGAAUGCAGGCCUUUUCCAACUGCAAAAACAUCCAUUAUUCUCUAGACGAAAAACUAAUAUAGCUGUUAAAGGCAGAUGACCCAGCCACAUUUUCUAAGAAUAUUGCAUAUAUUUUGCUGUAGAUCUUUCUUUCAUAAUGCUUUGAGAAAAACGUACCUUCUGACCUCACCAUGUUCUCUACUAAGAGGCGAAAAGAAGAGACGAAAAUUUUGAAGAGGCACAAUAUCACCAAUUUCUUUGGCUCUGGUUCUCUGGGAAAGAGGGGCCAGAAUAGACAUUUGAGAUACAUAAAAGCAAUAAACCCGAGGGGCAAUUCACUCUUGCAAAUAGCGUACGAGAUUUUCCCUGAAACAAAAGGAUUUUUGGGAAUUUCCAGAUAAAACAAUAGGAUUUCCACCAAAGGUGUUAGAGAUUUUUUGGAGUGAUUUGCCCCUCAAAUAAACCAUCCAAAUUCUACUUUCAUGUAAGUUGUUAAUGACGAAUUAUUUUUUUCAAUAUAAUCAAAAGCAGAGAUUCCUAAGUGCAAUGCAGAAGGUAUUCUGUUCUGAUGUUUCGGUAGGGAAGCUUGUUGUUUGUCAUCUGCGUGCCAUGAUCAUCACGUUGUUUUUGAUUGCUCCAACCAAAACGACAAUGAUUGUAAAAGAGCGGCUAAACCUCAGAUGGGAAAUGAAUGUCCAAUUUGUGUUGUGUUUUCAACCACUGCACUUGUGUCUUGUGUCACUGCUAAUUGUUAUUCCGCUUUAACGCUAUUUCCGAUUGCAAAUCAGAUAACAUUUAUAAAGGCGGAAUAAACAAUGUCCGGUUCAAUCACUGAUCUAUUUGCCUUUCAGCCAGUCAAGCAUUGAAAUCUCCUAACUGAGAAUACCGGACCAGUUUUUAAGUCAUUGAGAUAAGAGUAUGCACAUAUAACAGUUACACCCGUAGAAAGAUUUGUUCUGUACGCAAACAAAACGAAAUGGAUGAAAUGUUUCCAUUAGCUCAGUUACGCAAUUCAUGCAUUGAUUACAAAUUUGUCACACAAAAAAUUCGCUUCUUCAAAUAUCAUUUGUUUAAAAGUUAUGUGUAAUAAAAGCUUUCUUUACCUCAAAAUUUGGCUACAUUUCCAACGCUGAAGUUAACCCUCCUAUAGAGUGGGAAAGGCAAAUAGCCGGUUGAUCUAAAGUAAACGUAUUCUCAGACUUUUUGAAUUUUUAACAUAUAACCUGAAAGACACUUUGAAAUAUAUCUAAAUAUACAAAUUAAGUUCUGCUACAUAUUUCCUGAGAUGUGACGAGUAAAAGAUCCAAGUUUUGCAAAUGGUUUACUGGUCUGGUGCACAGGUUUUAGAACGAGAGCAAAAAAUAACGUCUCAUGGGCAUUGCAGCAUUGUAUCUCAGGUGAUUCACUAUUUCAGUGUGUUUCACUGCCAAAUAUCAAAAAUAUUUAAAACUGAUUUUUUGACGUUCCACUCUAUUCAGAAUAGAAGGACCAUAUUUUAAUUUAACUUUCUUCAACAUUAGGAAAAAUAUUGACUGAGAAGAAUGGCAGGAAUAUGCGUUCCCUUAGUUACAAGCAUUGCUUCUCUAAUCUAGUUCGAGUAUACAAAUAAUAUCCCUAUACAUUAACCUUUGCAAUGAUUCCUAGCUGUAAGAUCGUUAGUCGUUUCUACCAUUGGCCAUUCAAAUCAUUAUUUCAACGAGGCUUUUUAUUUCAACAAAAAACCAUUCGUCUACACCUCUCUGUCCUAGUAUAAUUAAAAAAAUUUAUGCAUUCCUCCGAAGACCUUGGUAGAAUUCUGCGAAGGACCGGCUAUAGAAUAGUCUUGGACCACUGCGUCAUGUGCCCCAUGGUCCGUCUUUUAGUGCAGGCUGCUCUAUGCAAACGCACCUUACCCUUUUCCAUUAUGUCUUCAUUAUUCAUACCCAACAAUACUUCCAAGCUUUGUUCAACAAAAAACUGCAUGACGGCUCGGACACUUUAUUUUUUCUUUCUUCAGAACACAGUUGCGGCUCUUUCAAUUCGAUAUAGGCCGUCUUGCCGACCUUUCUUUAUAACUGCAUGACACAUCGUUGCAUUUCAAUUAAACGUUUCGCUUCUUUAAUCCCAUUGCACAUUAGCGUUUAAUCGCCAAUUAGGUUUAUGGCAAAUUUAUGAAGCAGUCAGCUAAUCGAUAUCAGAGAGAAGAAAGUUGCAAGCAUUAAGGAUGUAUCAAAUCAAAGUGAUGUUGCUGACCGCCUUUUUCCUAAGAUGCUCCUUUGGUUUCAAAGAAGGAUUCAUCAUUCGGCACUACAGUGGCCUCUGCCUUGCUAUCAACAACAAAACACAUAGCUUGCAUCUGGACCGCGCCUGCAACGACAGAUUCCGGUGGAGUACAUUCAAGACCAUUUUACACAUUGCUAGUUCGCGUUGUUUGAUGCCUGAGAAUGGUAAGGACGAUGCCAAAAUCAUUGCCACGAAAGACUGCAAUAAUCCAUCCACAGCAUUCAUGUUAUCUGGGAACCAUUCCCUUCAGCACAUCGGAACAAAGAAAUGUCUGCACCCUUAUUGGGGCUGCCCCGUCCCAUCUCAAGGGGAAACUGUUGUACUACAUGCUGCAUGCAAUCAAGAACGGUUGAUGUUCGAAUUCAUUGAAGAGGUGUCAGUUUGUAGGCCCCUGUACCCCUACUGUACCAGCAGUCCAGUAUCGUUGAGCAAAGCCUCAAAUUGUUUGACAAAGCAGAUUACGAAAGGCCUAGAUUGGCACUGGGUGUACAUAAUUUCCAUAACAGGAGCAACAAUCCUCCUUGGCCAGUGGAUUUUCAUCAUCUGCAUGUGCUACAAAAUGGAAAAGAAGGCUAAAACACCAAGGGAGAAAACCAUUCAUUUUGGAAUAAAUGCAAAAAAGAGGGAGUCUCUGCCUGGAAAUGAGGCUGAGGAUGUUCACAUGAUCAGCAUAACUUCGACCGAACAGAAGCCUUCCUAUGAAACCCAAGCUUCUGCGCAGUCAUCAACAUCAAGUUUUGAAGAGUCAUUUGCAUCGUGUAGUGAUGACAACCCGACAAGAGAUGAACGCACCUACAUAAACAUAGAUUACAACCAAAACAGCAAAGGCGGCAAUGGAAUACUGGGGAGAAGAAAGAACAACAAGGAACGAAAUUCGAAACGAUUAUCAAAGUUAUCGAUUGAUGUUUCGAAAAUGCGCCAUAUGUUCAAGAUACGAAAAAACUACACGCUGAAUGACCUCGAAAUGCUUAAAAGAAUUUCCAUAGAAAGACACCAUUAUGAAGAGCCUAUAAGUCCAUUAUCAACCAGCUCGGCUCCUGGCAGUCAAAGAUCAAGGCCUAAAGGUGAAAGCUCUGAUUACAUUGAACCAGAUGCAAAGUGCACCCGAGGGCGAAGUGCGAGUGUACCCGCAAAGUUUACAAGCCAGGAUACUCCUUACUUAAAGCCAGUCGUUAGCGAAAGAGACAGAAAGAAGAGUUCUGAAAGUAGUUGUAUAUCGUAUGUCAAUAUCAAACCAGCAUCGCCUUUAAGAAAAGAAAGAAACUUAUAUGACAUGCCAGAAAUGGCAUUGAUCGAGGAUGAUGCCGAAGACUGCCCUUUCCAGGUAGAGGCACAUACUUACGUCAAAAUUUUAGACUCGUAAUUCAAAUCAAAUGCUUUAACUUUAUGUCAAAGCAAUAUAUUUGCCUUUAUUGUGAAUAAUAGCUCGAUCGUUGUAACUUCGUUAACUGUUGCUUUUUACGUUUUUAUAGUUCCAAUAGAGCAUUCUUUUGAAUUGAAAAUGUAUUUUAAAACUCUUUAAGAAUUUUUCAAAACUGUAAAAUAACUAUCCUUGUGCUUCAUUGCUGUUAAUGCUUAAAGUAAAUAAUUUGAGCAAGGGGCUGUCCUUUGUUCCGCACUCGGUAAUGUUUGGAUGCAAUGCAUCUUUUUAGGGGCGUGGCUCAUUUCACGCGAUUCUAGAGAGUACUGUCAAUUUUCGUAUGAGUUGUGUACGUCUUUUGAUUUCACAUUUGAAAACAUACUACAUUGUUCUUUAGGCAUGCAGCUAAGGUAACAUAAAGAUAUAUGAUGUUCCAUGUAUCUGAGAACGGGCAAGUACAGGGACAGCGGGACAUAUCAUAUGUUAGGAGAAGGCUGAAAGUUUUUUAGGGCAUAAUAUCCACGAAAGAAAGAGCAAGAUGAUUACUUGUAUGAUUUUCGGGACACUUUUGGGAUUACCGGGGGAGAAGGGCUUUAGGGAUUACCAUUCCCACAGUCCCUGAGCAAUUAUUUGUUUGUCUUCAGGUAGACACCUAGAAAACAGUCUCAAUUACCGGCUUAGCUUAAUCAUUUCGAUUUAGUAUCGCAGAACCUGAAAGUGGAGCGAAAUCAGAAUGGAAUUCAUGCUUGCAAUAAUAUCCCGAUAUUUUAUGUCAAUUUUUUGUAGAUACGUUCAUAGAUUGGUUUUAUUUUUGUAUUCGAUUAUUUGACACACAUUUAGUAAUUUGCAUACCACUUUAUUAAAUCAAGUAGAUCAAUAAUCCAAUGUGACAGAGAAUAAUUCUUUUCUUGCUUUUACUUCUAACGAUUGUAUCAUUUCAAAUCCCAUUUAGAAAUAUAUAUCUUCUGAAACAAUAUCAAAGCAUUUAACAGUGAUUGGUUUGCAGAUUUUUGGGUACUUUAUUAAGAUAAAAUUCUAAAACCUACGUUUUCUUUUGGAAUUAUACAACAUCCAGAUUAUAUUGAAUUUGAUAUUAUAAUUGAUAUUGAUACUGAUAUUGAGACUGAUAUUGAUGCUGAUAAUGAUGCUGAUAUUGAUCUUGAUACUGAUAUUAAUACUGAUAUUGAUACUGAUACUGAUAAUGAUGCUGACAUUGAUAUUGAGAAUGAUAUUGACGUUGAUGUUGAUAUUGAUACUGAUGCUGAUAUUGAUCUUGAUACUGAUAUCGAUGCUGACAUUGAUAUUGAGAAUGAUAUUGAUGCUGACAUUGAUAUUGAGAAUGAUAUUGAUGUUGGCAUUGAUAUUGAUACUGAUACUGAUAUUGAUGAUAAGUUGUUAUACUUCAUUUGACCCAAGGCUUUGCGAUGAAGCUCAAAGGCAGUAAAUGAUGUUGCGAUUUCCAACAAAUAUCUCGUAUUAAAUUUUGAUCUGCAUCAGUGAUGUCACACAAUCAUCCAGAAUUCUAUCGUUUCCAAAAACAUUUAUGUACACACUGGAAAAGGGGCCUACAGUUCCCCGAAAAAAAUACAAAUUUGUCAAAAAAGUAUUCAACUUGACUACAUCUGA